AUGAAGACAAAGCAAAUUUAAACUGAAAGGAGCUAAUAGGUGAAAGCGAAGGCUUAAAUUAAUGAAACAGAAAGAGGAUAAAAACCAACCAAAAAUUAAAAUGUUUUAACAGAAUAUCAGUAUGAUGAGGACUUACCAUAGGAUCAUUAAAAAGAAUCUUUGAUUAAAUUGUUUUUUUGCCCUGACUAAACUUUUAGACAAAGCAUGAAUAUGACCUCAAAUGCAAACAACUUUUUAGACAGCUCUUACAUCACUCAUUUGGACAUGAAUACUAUCCUAUAAAGUCCUAGGAAUAAAUUAAAGAAUAUAUAUAAACAAAAGCUAGACUUGGAUACCUCAAUUAAUUUUCAUAAUAAUCGAAAUAGUGGUCUUACAUCAAGUUAAAAUUUUGGAGGCUUAAACUAAUCAAUUACAACUCAAUAUCCUAGCCAAGGUGGUUGUUUUGUUUCUUUUGAUUCCCUAUAAAAGACAAAUUAACUAUGA